CAUUCACUUUUUUAUUUGCUUUUAUUAUUCAUCCAUUGGCAUUCCACCUCCCCCCUCCUCUCAGCUGUUACAAUGCUAUUCAGCCACCUACAUCCUUAUAAAAUCACGAGCAUCAUUCGACACUCACGCACACUGAUAACAGGCAGCAUUUUCAUCCGCGACCUUCCUGCUCACCACAGCCACCAAACACUCACUGAUGCAGCGCACAAACACGGUCAUAUCUACGGCAUCUGGAUCUCCACGUCCCCACCAGCUUCAACCAUACCGCUGACAAACUCGCGCCGAAAAACAUCCCGGCGGCAUCGCCCAGCGGCCAUCCGCAUAACAAACCAACCGGUACCUGCAACCCUCCAAGAAAUAUCCAAACUCCCACCGCACACACAAGAAGAAGCCGAUCAAAUGCAACGGGCACUGUCUGACAUUGUCCGGUAUCUUGGUGAGCGCGGGGUGGUGGCGGUGGCAGUGCCAAAGUUCCCGGAUAUGUUCCAGAGCGGAGCUCAAAAGGCCCUGGGAUUGGGCGCUGGAACAAGGCUGUUUGAUAAGCGCACGACGGAUCGUCCGAGGUUUACAAAGGGAUUGGUCGACGGAUACCAUGAUGUUGUUGAAGGAGGCGGCAGAUAG